AUGUCUCCCCACGCCCCUACCUUCGUCCAUGGCAGUCACCUGGCAGCCGCGGCCGCCCUUCUGCUCGCCGGCUGGGCAAUUGGGCUUCUUGUCUCUCGCCUUCGCCGGCCCAUAACUGCAGCUACGGUUACAGGUAUGCUCGCCUCGAACCACUCCUCGCCCACCACAAGCCCAAGCACCAGCGGUAUCAGCGUUUCUAACCUCCACGAAGCAGCACGACAACAACAACUCCACCCCGAGCCAACCUUUGCCAUUGAUAAAUCCCGUCCCACAUGUGCGGGAGAAGCAGCCCCCUCAACGACUGCACCCACAACCGCAACCAAACCCAUCCCAAUCCCCGCUUCCCCCAUGAACAUGCACAAGAACCAGAACCAGAACCCGACCACGCUUACGAACCUAGACCUGUACAACACGCCUUCAACCUCAUCAUCAAUAUCAUUAUCAUCAUCAGUGUCGUCCCCAGCAUCAGCAUCAGCAUCAGGAAUACCAGGAUCCACGACGACCCCCGCGGCCCUCUUCCCCUGGCGCCGCGCCACGUCCUUGCCCUCCUUCAACCCCGCCCACCGCGCCAGCGUGUCCGACUCAGUGCUGGCCCGCAAGGGCUCCCCCGCGUGUGGGGCGCGGCGCUGUCCCGACGAGGCGGCCUGCGGUAGCGGCGGCGGCGGCAGUGGCGGCAGUGGCGCCGGGUCGAUCCCUCGCGAGUCGGUGCUCGCUGGGGUCGGGGGGCAGUUUAAGGGUGUGGGGGGUUGUUAG